CGACUGUGAGCUCCGGGAUAUGCUACGAGCGAGGGGGAAAAUUCUCUCUCUCUCUCCACCGCCUGCCUAAUUUUAGGAGACCCAGCCGCGUCUCCAAAUGCAGCCAAACAAACCGGCUGGCGUGUGAAGCGCAGCCGGGCCGUCGUCGGCUGUCUGCGCGCUCCGAAGCUGCGCGCCGCCUGCAGCCGCCGGGGAGUGUCUUGUUUUGAUGCUCCCGAUGCGCCUCCUCGCUGCCGGGCGAGGCUGCCGUCAUAUUUCGGGCAUAGCAUGCAUAGCUGGCAUUCCAGGGCCCGCGCCCGCCCCCAGGACAGCCUUCGGAGGCUGGAGGGAGCCCGGCUCGGGGCUGCGCGCGGGGGCCGAAUCGCGGAGGGUCUCCGGGCAGGAGGCUGACGCCGGGUGCUCCUUCGAUGCUUCGAUGAGAUGCGCUUCUGCAGUCCCUCCUCACCUGAAUCCUUCCAUGGGUAGCUUGGGGACCGCGGGGGUCCUGGAGAGCGACGACGAUGGAUAGCCCCCCCAAGCUGGCCGGCGAGACGCUGAUUGUCCACCACAUCCCCCUGGUGCACUGCCAGGUCCCCGACCGGCCGUGCUGCGGCACCACCAGCAAACGGGCCAACCCCUUUGGGCAGGCCGACUCGGGGGCCCUGCGGACCGGCUCCCUCCCGGAGCGGGACCUCUCGCAGGCCGACUCCCUGCUCUACAGCAGCUUGCUCCAGGCUCCAGAAGCGACCCUGGCCCCAGGGGAGACGCCCGAAGAGAAGGAGGCCCUGCGCAGGGACCCGCCUGCCCCCGGUGCCAACAAGCGGCAGAACCCCUUCCUGCUGGGGGGCAGCGAGACCCAGGAGCUCUGCGAAGAUGAGCUGGGCAAGGCCUCCUUCCGCCUGCACGAGCUGGCCCUGCCGCCCUUCCGCCUGCAUGAGCUGGCCCUGCCGCCCUUCCGCCUGCACGACACCAGCCCCCUCGUGAAGCCCUGGAGCGCCAGCCCCCGGGCGGACGUGGUGGAGGGCCAGGAGGAGGACGAGCUGUCCCGCGAAGACGCCCGCAAGAGGAGCCGCCUGGCGCCUGAGCUGAUGGAGCUGGACGAGUACGGCUGUCACCGCGCUGAGCCCUCCAGCUUCUCCUUCGAGCAGGAGUGGGCCAGCGAUGGCGAGGAGCUGGCGCACAGCCGGGACGCCCCCCGCAGCCGGACCUGCAGCUGCUCCAGCGCGGAGCUCCAGCGCUGCUGCUGCUACAGCCUCUCCAGCCAGUCGGAGGCCCCCGACCAGCCGAUGGGCUACGUCAGCGACUCCUCCUGCAACAGCUCCGACGGCGUCCUGGUCAACUUCAGCGCCCUCUACAACAAGAUGAACGGGCACGCGCACCCCAACCUCAACUCGGGGGCCCACUCCUGCGACGACUCCUCCUCCGGAAGCCACUCGGACUCGGGGGCCUUCUACCUGGACUUGCACUCCUCGCCCGGCGAGCCCAAGGCGCCUGGCGAGCCGCACCAGGCCUGCGGGUGCCACCACGCCUCCUCCCCGGUCUUGGACGCCAACUGCAACUCCUACCCCGCCCUGUGUGACCCCUGCGCCUCCGAGGCCUCCGACCUGACGGCCUGCUUCCAGAGCCAGGCGCGGCUGGUGGUGGCCACCCAGAACUACUACAAGCUGGUCACCUGCGACCUGUCCUCCCAGUCCUCGCCCAGCCCGGCCGGCUCGUCCAUCACCAGCUGCUCGGAGGAGCAGCCGCGGGGCAGCCCCCUGCAGCCCACCGAGUACUACCUGUUCCAGAGGCCCGACAGCGACACCGACUGCUCGCGGGAGGAGUCGCAGGGGGAGGCCGAGAAGGGCGCCAUCGAGGGGCAGGUGUACGUCAACGUCUCGCCGCCCACCCUGGCCGGCCCGCGGAGGCAGCGGUCCCGCAGCUACGACCGCAGCCUGGACCGCAGCCCCACCGGCCGGCUGGGCUCCCUGGAGCGCAUGAUGAGCUGCCCGGUCCAGCUGAGCGACGGCCCUGCGCUGCCCUCCCAUGGCUCCCCGCCCAAGCGGGUCACGUCCUUUGCGGAGCUGGCCAAGGGCCGCAAGAAGACGGGCUCCUCUCCCCCGCUGCGCACCAGCAGGGACUCUUCCCUGGAGUUUUCCCCCAUCCCCGAGUACCAGAGGGACGGAUCCGUCUUCCUCGAGGGCCAGGCCAGGCACAGCCAGAGCCUCCCCUCCCACGCCCUCAACCGCAGCUGCGAGGGCCACCGUGGCACCGAGAGGGGGCUGAGCACCCCCAGGAAGGGCCUGGGCUCCAGGGAGAUGCCUUCCUGCGGGCAGGAGGGGCCCGCGCAGCCGUUCUUCUCCGCCUUGAUGGAGCAGGGGUCUGCCAGCGGCCUUGGCCAGAAAGACAUUCGUGCCCGAGCUGAUGGCGGCGCAGCGGACAGCAAGUCGGUGGUGCGCUACAGCAAGGCCCAGCGCCCGACCACCCUGCCCAUCCAGCCCUUUGUGUUCCAGCACCACUUUGCCAAGCAGCCCAAGGCGCGGGCCUUGCACAGCCACUUUGCCGCCAGCCUCUCUCAGCUCUACAGCCGCUCGGCCGCCAGCCAGACUCUCUCCUCCGCCUCCCAGUCCUCGGCCUCCGCCACCUCGGCCGAGAUGGUGGUCCAGGCGGCGGCCCUGGGGCACGGCCAGCGCUCGGCGGACGGGGCGGCCUCCCUGGGGGACGGCUGUGCCAGGAAGCCUGUGCCGGAGACCACACGCCCGUCCCCGCUGGGCAGCUACUCCCCCGUGCGAAACAACGUGCCUUUUUUCCAGAGCGCGGACUCCUCCUCCUCCUCCUCCUGCUCGCCGGGCAACGAGAGCCACCCGCCCCGGAGCAGGUCUUGCCCGGUCUCUGCCAACCUCCUGCCCGCCGGGACUUCCCCUCCCGCAAGAAGCCAGGCUGCCAACCUCAGCAGCAACGCCAACGGCACCGCCCUGCAGGCCAAGAAGGAGAGCCCCCCGCCCGCGCCCACGAAGGCUCCCGUGCUGCCGGAACUGGAGGCCCCCGCGCCCGAGCGCCAGCUCCACCGCAGCACCGCCCUGCCUCCCCUGAUGCCCCCCGGGCUGAUCCUGGCCAGGCCAGGCGACCACGGGGAGCCCCAGUGGCCCCUCGGCUGCAGCGAGGCUCUGGGCGCAGGAUCGCUGGGCCCUCGGCCGCUCAAUGCCAACCACCUCUCUCCGCAAGCCCUCAAGUGGCGGGAGUACCGGCGGAGGAACCCCCUGGGCCUGGACCGCAUUUCGGGGCUGGCCGGCAGCCUGGACUGGAAGCAGCCGGAGGGCAGGCUGCCCUGGAGGAACCCCAUCUUCGAGCUCCCCUUGAGCACGGGCCGCGCCAGCUGCAGACUCAACGGACAUUCCUUGAAGCAGCCGCAGCUCAACUACUCCGACUUCUUCCCGGACUAUUUCUCCUUGGCGGAAAAGCCCCCGGCCGAAUUCUGCCUCUCUCCGGACGGCAACACAGAGUCCAUCUCCAUCGAUCUGCUGCAGAAGAAGGGUCUCGUCAAGGCGAUCAACAUGGCUGUGGAUUUGAUUGUGGCGCAUUUUGGGACCAGCAGGGAUCCUGGGGUGAAGGCCAAACUGGGGAACAGCUCCGUCAGCCCCAAUGUGGGGCACCUCAUCCUGAAGUACCUGUGCCCAGCCAUCCGGGACGUGCUGAGCGACGGGCUCAAGGCCUACGUCCUGGACGUCAUCAUCGGCCAGAGGAGGAACAUCCCCUGGAGCGUGGUGGAGGCCUCCACCCAGCUGGGCCCCUCCACCAAGGUCCUGCACGGCCUCUGCAGCAAAGUCAGCCAAUACCCGGAGCUCACCAGCCACUCCAUGCGCUUCAACGCCUUCAUCCUCGGCCUCCUCAACAUCCGGUCCCUGGAGUUCUGGUUUAACCACCUCUACAACCACGAAGACAUUGUGCAGGUGCACUACCAGCCGGUGGGCUUCCUCUCUCUGUCGCACGGCGUGUGCCAGGGCCUCUUUGAGGAGCUCCUCCUCCUCCUCCAGCCCCUCUCGCUGCUCCCCUUCAGCCUGGACCUCCUCUUUGAGCACCACCUGCUGCAGAUGGGCAAGGAGCAGCAGCAGCAGAAGGAGAUGCUCCGCGUCCAGCAGGGCCUGGUCCUCUCCGCCCACUCCACCCUCCAGCUGAUGAGGAGCCGGGGGGCAGCAGCAGCAGCAGCCAUGGGGGCCACCACCAGCACCACCAGCAGCAGCCUGGAGAGGAGCGUCGGUGGCUGGGGGGCGGCGGAGCAGGACCGCGGCCGGGAGAGCCAUGGGGGACCCCCGGCGAAGGCAGCAGAAGGAAGGGUCAAAGGCGAGGGGGCCCCAUCGGUGGCACCCCCCGAGAGGGAAGCAGAGUCGGCGCGGUGGAAGGGGCCCCCCGAGCCCAAGAAAGACAAGCAGGCCAGCUGGUGGUACCAGCUGAUGCAGAGCUCCCAGGUCUACAUCGAAGGGUCGGCGGAAGGGGCCCGCUUGGCCCGCUACGAGCGCAGGAAGAAGGGUGGGGCGGGGGGGACGCCCCGGCCGGCCGAGCCCAAGAAGGGGCCUCCUCCACGGGAGGGGGUGGUGGAAGGGGCCGAGGCCUGCCCCAUCGCGGAGGUGCCCCUCCAAGACAGACCCCCGGCGGACGUGGCAGCGACAGGGACUGAGCCUCGGUGGAAGGCAGAGACCCCCCCUGCCCGGGAGGCAGCGAAGGAGAAGACCCUCCGGCCAUUCUGGAUGGGCAGCCCCCCAGACUCGGUGCUGACGGAGCUGAAGCACACCAGGGAGAAGGACGCGGUGCCAGCCCCAAACCAGGGGGGUCCCCAGGAGGACAACGGCACCCCCAAGUGGGGGCACCUCUUUGGUUCCCGAAAGGCGCCCAAGGAGCCCAAGCAGGCCAACAGGCUGCCCUCUGGCUGGCUGAGCCUGGACCGCUCCGUGCUGCAGCUGAUGGCACAGACAGUGGGGGCCACGGUGUGGAGAGAGGCUUCCUCGGAGCCUGAGCGGCUGGCGCUGGACCCUCCUCCCCCACAUCCCAAGCAGCCACUGCCAGACAGGGGAGGCUCCCCAGAGACACCCUGCGAGGUCAAGGCCCUCUGCCACCACAUUGCCACGGAGGCCGGGCAGCUGAGCUUCCAGAAGGGCGACGUCCUGCGCGUGGCGGGCAAGGUGGACGCCGACUGGCUGCGCUGCAGGCGAGGGGCAGAGAGCGGCUUGGUGCCCAUCAUGUACGUCACCCACAUGGAGGACGAGGACUACUGACGGGGGCCGGGGGCAGCCGGGGAGGCCCAGAGAAGCACAGACCCACGGAGCCCGGCCGUGCCCCCCCAGCAAGACAGUGUCGGGCACAGAGGCGCCUCCUCCUCCUCCUGAUCCCGUCUCCCAAUCUCCUCGCUGUGAAGGAAUCUCAGAAAUCACUGCUGCUCUCCGCCUUUGCCCCCUGUCCUCCCAGGGGUCUCCUGUUGCCAAGUGUCAUUGCUGUGCAUGCUCCUCUCCUCUCUCGCCCCCUUCCCCCCCCAACAAGGAACUCUUCACCUGCUUCGCCUCCAGGGCUCGUCCGGCAUAGACCUUCGGCCGCCAGGACUGCCGCUUUGUGUUGCAGGGGUGGACUGGAUGGCCCUUGGAGCCCCCUUCCUAAAUAGGGUGGGGCAGCCAACCCCCAGCAUGCAUUGCUCUGCCUCCAUCUCCAGGUGGGGGGGCGCUUUCCUGCAAGCUGCCCCCGGUGGCGGCAGGUGGCAUUGCAGGCGGCCCUGCCCUAGACAUGCCCCCUCUAGAACUGUGUGCUAACAUAUAUUAACACCCCCGUUGCAUCUUGUGGCCCCCGCCACACCGUAGGGGCAGCCGGUGGGAAGGGAGCUGUGCCC